AUGAGCUUCGCCGCCCGUCAACUUCAGGAGAAGUGUCAGGAUAUGCGGACCCACCUGUACUCUACCUUCGUGGACAUGACGAAAGCCUUCGACACGGUGAAUCGUGAAGGACUGUGGGAGAUUAUAGAGAAAUUCGGCUGCGCGGAGCGAUUCAUUCAGAUGGUGCGUCAGCUGCACGACGGUAUGAUGGCGCGAGUCACGGACAACGGUGCAGUCUCAGAGGCAUUCGCAGUGACUAACGGAGUGAAGCAGGGAUGCGUGCUGGCGCCCACCCUUUUCAGUCUUAUGUUCUCCGCCAUGCUGAUGGACGCCUACCGCGACGAACGUCCCGGGAUCCGCAUCGCCUAUAGGACGGACGGCCACCUGCUGAAGUAACGGCGAAUGCACUUCCAGUCGCGCGUAUCCACAACCACCGUCCACGAACUUCUCUUCGCCGACGACUGCGCCCUGAACACCACCUCGAAAGAGGACAUGCAACGCAGCAUGGACCUCUUCUCUGCCGACUGCGAGAACUUCGGUCUGGCCAUCAACACGGAGAAGACGGUGGUCAUGCGUCAACCGCCACCCAACACAGCCCCUCCCCCAACGCGCCUCCGCAAAUCAGUGUAAACGGAACCCAACUGCAAGUGGUGGAGACCUUCCCAUACCUGGGCAGCACCCUCUCCCUUAACAGCGAAAUCGAUGACGAAGUCGCUCGCAGGAUCUCGAAAGCCAGUCAAGCCUUCGGCCGCCUUCAAAGCACAGUCCGGAAUCGUCACGGUCUCCAACUGAGCACGAAGCUGAAGAGGUGCAAGGAAGUCAUCCUGCCGACGCUGCUGUACGGAGCGGAGACUUGGACGGUGUACACAAAGCAGGCACGUCGACUGAAUCACUUCCACCUCAGUCGUCUCAGUCGCAUCCUGAGGCUGAACUGGCAGGACCGCAUCCCCGACACCGAUGUGCUGGAACGGACGGGAAUCCUGAGCAUCUACUCCAUGUUGAGACAAAUGCAGCUGCGCUGGAGCGGCCAUCUGGUGCGUAUGGACGACGAGCGACUACCCAAACGACUCUUCUACGGAGACGUCGCGACGGGUUCUCGCUGCCAAGGAGGCCGAAUUUGUCGACACAAGGAUACUCUGAAGUCCUCCCUGAAGCAUCUGCAAAUUAACCCGACCAACUGGGAAGAGCUUGCCCUCGACCCACCGACCUGGAGGAGGACAGUGAAGACAGGCGCUGCGAUCUAUGAGGCCAACCGAAUCGCCGCUGCCAAAGUGAAACGCUAA